UUGUGCUGCUAAUGAUGUUGUAUUUGAUGUAUGAACAUGUUUACACACAAAAUUUACAAACUAAACCAUUAGAUUCCUUGGUGAAUUUCCUAAAUUUCGCUGCUCCGAAAAAUUAGUGCAAUGCAGACUUCGUUAUAUGUUGAUAUGCUUUGGAAACUAAUUGUUUGGGUUAUUGAACAUAGAAUAAGUUUAGAGAGUGUGGAGGGUAAGGUUUGUUGAGUGAUUGUGAGCAAUCUGGAGUCAAAGGCACAACAUGCAUCCUAUCCUAGUCUGUGUAAUCAGGCAUAAAGAUGUUCGUCUUUAAGUUGGAGAGUUUAAAGUUUCCAGUGAAGCUUCAACAUAUCAAUGGGUGCCCCAAAGCAGAAGUGGACAUCAGAAGAAGAAGCUGCUCUUAAAGCUGGUGUAGCUAAGUAUGGGGUGGGGAAAUGGAGCACCAUACUCAAAGAUCCAGAGUUUGCUCCGGUCUUGCGUGCUCGGUCUAAUGUUGACCUUAAGGAUAAAUGGAGAAAUCUCCAUGUCAUGGCAAAUGGGUGGGGGUCUCGGCAGCGGGGUAAGAUUGCUAGCAAAAGUGCUCAGCCUAUAUCCAAACGUGAUGAUGACUCUAUGGCUCUUACCACUGUGGUUGACAAUGAUAUGGAAGUCCCUGAUGCUAAGCCCCUUGCAACAGUUAGUGAAACACUGCCAGAUGUUGAUUCUAAGAAGCCAAUAACAAGCUUGGAUGAUCUGAUAAUGGAGGCUAUAACCAAGCUGAAGGAACCUCGUGGAUCUAGUCGAAAUGCAAUUUCCAUGUACAUUGAGGAGCACUACAAGGCACCAACAAACUUGGAAAGACUGUUAGCUGCAAAUUUGAAGGACUUGACAGAAAGAGGAAGGCUCAUAAAGGUGAAGCAUCAUUACAGGAUUGCACCGAGUGGAAUGUCGUCAAUUGAUGUAAAGGGUGAUCCUUCUCUGUUGCUUCUGGAGGGAAAGCAAACACAUCCUCCAAUGCCGGAAAAGAAUGGAAUAAGAAUACUGACUAAAGCACAGAUUGAUGCUGAGCUAGAGAAAAUGAGGAACAUGAAUGCACAAGAGGCUGCUGCAGCUGCCGCACAAGCAGUUGCAGAAGCAGAAGCUGCUAUUGCGGAGGCUGAAUGGGCUGCAAGGGAAGCAGAGGAAGCAGAAGCAGAGGCAGAAGCGGCCCGGUGUUUUGCUGAAGCAGCAACUAAGGCAUUGAACUAUCAGACAAUUCAUGUCUGAUAAUUCUCGCUACCCCUUUGAUUUUGUGAUGAAAGGUGCUAUGAGAGAAAGAGAAGAAGAAUUAUGUGGAUAGUAGUGUAAAUCUGGAAAAUUUUGUCUAUACAAAAGUCUGAAGUGCAAUGUGUAGCAUUGAUGUCUAUAGUUAAGUAAAUUGAAGACAGUGAAAUGCAAGUAAUGUUAUAUUUGCAAUGCACUUCAAUACAUGUAUGAUAUUAAGGAAUGAAAUGCUUGAUUUGUGAAUUGCAGCUUCAAUGUUGAAUGUAA